AUGAUUAUGCUCUCAUUGCAGAAUGAUGAAGUGGAGUUUGUUCGAACUGGCUAUGGGAAGGAUAUGGUAAAAGUUCUCCAUAUUCAACGAGAUGGAAAAUAUCAUAGCAUUAAAGAGGUGGCAACUUCAGUACAACUGACUCUGAGCUCCAAAAGAGAUUAUCUGCAUGGCGAUAAUUCAGACAUCAUCCCUACAGACACCAUCAAGAACACAGUUCAGGUCUUGGCAAAGUUCAAAGGGAUAAAAAGCAUAGAAAGCUUUGCUAUGAAUAUCUGUGGGCAUUUCAUUUCUUCUUUUGACCACGUCACCCGAGCUCAUGUCUACGUGGAAGAAGUUCCCUGGAAGCGGUUUGAAAAGAAUGGAGUUAAGCAUGUCCAUGCAUUUAUCCACACUCCCACGGGAACACACUUCUGUGAGGUUGAACAGAUGAGAAAUGGACCUCCAGUCAUUCAUUCUGGAAUCAAAGACCUCAAGGUCUUGAAAACCACCCAGUCUGGAUUUGAAGGAUUCCUCAAGGACCAAUUCACCACCCUUCCUGAAGUGAAGGACCGGUGCUUUGCCACCCAAGUAUACUGCAAGUGGCGCUAUCACCAGAGCAAAGAUGUGGACUUUGAGGCUACUUGGGGCACUGUUUGGGACAUUGUCCUGGAGAAAUUUGCUGGACCCUAUGACAAAGGCGAGUACUCACCCUCUGUCCAGAAGACCCUCUAUGACAUACAGGUGCUCUCCCUGAGCCAGCUUCCUGAGAUAGAAGAUAUGGAAAUCAGCCUGCCAAACAUACACUACUUUAAUAUAGACAUGUCCAAAAUGGGACUGAUCAACAAGGAAGAGGUCUUGUUGCCGUUAGACAAUCCAUAUGGCAAAAUUACUGGUACAGUCAAGAGGAAGUUGUCAUCAAGGCUGUGA